CAAGGGCGGUCGGUCCCCGCUCUGGCAUAUUUCCACAGUUUUCCGGCAUAAUUAUUGUAAAUUUUCUGUGCGUGUCACGCUGAACAGCGCAACGUCCAAGCCGUUCGCGGCUUUUAGAGAAGAGAAGUGAAUCCGCGUAUACAUUAACGACCAAAGAUGGGACGUGGCCGAUCGAAAAAGGAAACCCCCGCUGAAGCUGAUGGUCCAGCGGCCAAAAUUUUGCGCACCAAAAAACCGGAAAUUUCCUUAGCGACGCUACCGACACUGUCGGGAAAUGUUCUUGCCUGCGGCCAAGGAGAGAUGGGCCAGCUUGGGCUCGGAGAAGAUGUCAUGGAGAAGACGCGGCCCGCCGUUGUCGACGGCCUGGCCGAUGUGGUACAAAUUUCUGCCGGCGGCAUGCACAACCUAUGCCUCACGAGACACGGGAAAGUUUACUCUUUUGGUUGUAACGACGAGGGCGCCCUUGGUCGGGACACGUCCGAAGAGGGCUCCGAGUUCCUUCCCAAACCGAUCGAACUUCCCGGUUUGUGUGUCAAAAUUUCCGCCGGAGAUUCACAUUCCGCCUGUCUGCUUGACGAUGGCCGCGUUUUCGCGUGGGGUUCGUUUCGGGAUUCGCACGGCAACAUGGGCCUUACGCUAGAGGGCAACAAGCGUCUGCCGAUCGAAGUGCUACCCGGCAAUCGGUGGGUUGACAUCGCGUCCGGAUGUGACCACCUGGUGCUGCUAUCCGUAAUCGGGCACAUCUAUACGGUGGGCUGUGCGGAGCAGGGACAACUCGGGCGUGUUUCGAUACGGGCGGCGUCGGGCGAGUCGCGCCGGGGAAAAACCCAGUUGCUGCAGCCAGGCAUUGUGACGCGUCGCGGGAAGAUCAUCGUAGCGGAUGCCAUCUGGGCGACUACUUAUUGCACAUUCUACAAGGAUCGCCAGUCGGGGCGGAUAUUUGCCUUCGGCUUGAAUAACUACUGUCAGCUAGGCAUACCCAACCCGAGCGAGAACGUCGUUAAGCCCGUCUUUGUGCCUGAACCGACUAGCUUCAGUGAUGUGAAACAAAUUUCCGGAGGGCAACAUCACACUUUAGUGCUGAAAAACGAUCACAAAGUGUACGCCAUCGGUCGGAAGGAGUACGGUCGGUUAGGACUUGGUGACUCGGUCACGGAAGAUGCCAAGACCUUACAGCUCGUUUCGGCACUAGGCGAUAAGAAGGUAACCAGCAUAUGCUGCGGCGAGAGUACCUCGUUUGCGGUUACCGAUUCCGGUGAACUGUACGCGUGGGGGAUGGGUUCAAGCUUGCAACUUGGUACGGGCGACGAAGCCGACGAACCGAAACCAGUACAUAUUCAGAGCAAACAGGUUACCGGUAAAACUAUCCUGAAGGCGUCCAGUGGAGGACAGCACAGUUUGUUCCUGGUUCAGGAAUCGCCGACUGUUGUGAUGGAGAGGGCAACUGUAAAACCCAGCGCCUCUACCAAAAAAGCGAGCGCUACAUCGAACGGACAGACAGCGAACGGCGCUGGAGCAACACAGGAUGAAACUGAAACGACAGUGACAUCGACAACGACCACGACAAACGGUAAUGAUGCCACCAAGGAGAAGCCUGCUGCAAAAGUAACAGUCGGAAAGAAACGAAAGCUCCAGUAAUAGUGUAGAUAAAUCCCGGAAUACUUGUUCGAAGUAUGCGAACAUAGCUACAUAAGUAGUUAGCGCUGAUUUAAGCACCCUAAACGUUCGUGCCGUGUUAUAUUUAUCAUUCUGUUUUAGUACUGAUGUCGGCGUUGCUCGUAGGAGUGUCUAAUGUUUAGUACCAUCACCCAUUCGCUCAUUGUUGCACACAAUGGCGCUGUAUUACUGUUUCGUUCGUACUCGUUUUUCGUUAUGUUAGGCUUCUUUGGUAAACUUAAAAUUUCCGUCUAGUUGAGCUGGAAGCUGGAAGACAUAAUUGUAUUGAUAUUGCUCUCGCAAUUGCUUUAUUUUGUUCCCCUUCGCGUCUGAACCCGAACCGCUUCGAGUGGUUUACUCCUCGAGAGUAUUCGGUUCCGGAUCAGGAUAUAGACAAGUUCCUCAAGUUCACGCCCAGUUGCUAGAGGUGAUCCUAAUGUUUUAGGCAGCUAAGACACGGUACACACGAUAAAUGCUGUGCCAUCAAUCGAUUGCACGGAUAGUUUUUAGGUCAGGUUGUUGAUAAGUGAUAGGCAUUUUUUCCAAUUUUGUUCGAAAAAAGAAAGGUAGGGAGAAACAACGACUGAGA